AUGGCGAGACAAGCGAAAGGGAAAAAAAUAGUAGCUAAACCUCCGGUGCAGGUUCUAAGGGCGUCGGUGAGUUCGAGUGGGGAAUCAUCAAGGGGCAAAUCUUCUCAGGCAAUGGUGAAAGAACUAGAGCUUGAAGUUCAUACUCUGGAACAAGCAAACCAAUACGAUGCGAAGAAUGCCGGGGAUAUGGACAUGCAACUAGCCUAUGUAGGAAAAAGGGUGAAGCAAAUUUGGGUUCCUAAGAAACCUGCACAUACCGAAUCUCAGCCAGAAAAGGAAAAAAGGGAGCAGCAUGAUAAUCUAGUGCCUAUAAGGAUUGAAGAACAGGAAGAUGCUCCCAAGAGGGAAAAACAAUACAAUGGGAAUCCUGUAAUGGAUUAUAGAAUCUGGGUUGGAACGGAUGUACAAGGAGAAGGGGGUCUGGGGAUCUCCCCCCACGAAUAA